AGCACAUGAUACAUGAUUUUAAAGCUUGCAUGGAUUAUUCAGCCAGGGAUUCGGAGCAACAGCGUUUGCUUUAUGCUGACUUUACCAGAUUGAAAAAUUCAGGCCUCUGGGUGGAAGCUGGGAACAUGGCUUGGCAACUGGGGCUUUUGUCCAAGUCUCACGGGUCUGCGGUAGAUGCUAUAAGUUACUUCGAAACUGCCAAUUCUAUUUUUACAGAUCUAGAGAAAGACCAAACUCAACGAAAGUUAUUGAAUUACGACACUGCCUUGAUUUAUUACCAGCUGGGUCUUACUGCGCGCAUCGUGCAGGAUAUGGCUCAAGCGGUCAACUGUUUUAAAUGUUCUAUAAAAAACGCCGCCGUAUACAAGAAUCAAGAAGCGCUCAUUGGAUCCUAUUUUCACAUGGGGCAUUGCCUAUUGAAACUUAAUGAAUUGCUCAAAGCCAUAGAUUAUCAUUACACGUUUCUUUGCCUAAUUAUCGACCCGCAGUAUCGUGGUUAUUUCCAGCCCUCCAAUGCGUCGUGUAUGAUCGAAGUUUUCUGCGACAUCGCCCAGUGCAGUUAUUUACUGAAACAAAAAGAUCUCGCGUUUUUAUACUUGGAACACGCAAUUCUGAAUUACAAGGACCACAAAGAGACGAUCUUCGAGCGAACAUCUACUUUCCUGGACAAGUCUGAGGUUCAGCGCCUCCUCGAUGGAGAUGGAACAGGUUUGAAGAACAAAACUCUCCCCAACCAGACCGAAGAUGAAUUAAAGUCCUGCGAGGUUCUGAUAGCAUCUUUGAGGUCGAAUGCCUAUGCUGGUAAAAAGAGUUCACCGCCAUAUCAGAAAGACACAUACAACGAUGCGGAUGUUUCUGAAAACGAGAGUUGGGCGGAUAUCUCUUCAUCUAGAGGCUCAGAAAUCAACUUAUUGAAGUCGCAGCUGUUGCUAGAAGAGAACAUUGAGCAAUCACAGCUGGACGAAGUGGCUCCAUUUCGAAUUUUACGCGAAAUUGACUCUAAUGUCAUGACAGUAAAGUACCCAAAGCCUUCGACUUUGUAUUCGGCGAAUACAGAACGUCACGUAGGUCAUAUGAGUGAGACCGAGUUUGAUGGCUGGCUUACUAAUGUGGUUAUGAAAUACAAAAAGCCGUUUUAUAAUCUCUACGUUGCGACGGAGUCGAACAAGAACUUGCUUCUCAAAAUUGAUCCUGUGAAUGCCUCGCCAACUACGCGCAACAACUGGUGUGUAGAUUGGCUCCUUUUUUGCAGUCGCCCACUCUAUAACCAAAAUCUGAAUGGCUGUCGAGAAUGCGUCGCUUCAUACAUUAAGCAAAUGAAGCCGUACUUUCGGACUUGUCUAGAGACCGACAGCGCGCUGCUGCGCACGACCCGCAUCAUUACCUUCAUAGGCGCCCAAGUGUGGGAUAGUCACAUAGAAAAUCAAUUCAUCUGCAUCGCUGAAGCCGUUUCCAAAUUGAGUCCACUCUAUUUCGAAGUUCAUGUUCUGAUUUGCGAGACACACGUUCACCACAACUAUGAAUCGUAUUUGGCCGUCCAAAGGCUGAUUAAAAUAUACCAAGAUGUUAUUCAGCUAUCCUCAUCUGAUGUGGCCGAGCAACAUCUCGACUCGCUUAACGACCUGCAAGCGCGAAUUCUGGCUGACUUUCACUUGUACCUGAGUGACCGCAGCAUGCUAACAACCGAAGUUCAAACAAACAUUGAAGACGAAAACUUUGACCAAAUUCCGGACCACUUCUUGUUGGACGAUGUCUUGAGAAUGGACAUUCUAAUAGAGCUCUAUCCAAGGCUCAAACUCAGCGAGACCAAGGCGAAAGCAGCACUUGCGCUAGGGCUGUAUUUCCAGGAUAUCAAGAACGACUACGUGCAGGCCGAGAGGCUCUUUUUUGAGGCUCUCAAAAACUUAGACGAUUUGACCAUCCUGGAAGAAAUGUACAUUCCCAUCAUUACGGGGUUCGGAAGCUCGUGUCUGACAUGCUAUGCAGUGGUGCUGGAUGCCAAUCAGAAAUUCCGGUACGCUAUAGCCGCAUUGAAUGCAGCGCUGCUGUCGUUCAACAUGAAGAAAGAAACCACCGAGUACUACGCGUGUCUGCAUCAGGCGGCUAGAAUUGCCCAAAGACAGGGCGAUUUGUCGCUGUCUGCGGAAUACUAUAGCGAGAUAUGCCAAGACUACGAGCAAUCUCAGCGUGUCAACGAAGCUGUUUAUACGAACGAACGUUUGUGUAGUAUGUAUAUAGAGGUGGGAAAUUUGGAUUAUGCGAUCAACACUGUCAAGAAGGCUUUGAGCAUUUUUUCGUAUAGUUCUGGGUUUAGUGAUAAGUCGCUUGGGCUACUUUCCAAGGUGAUCUAUCUCGACUCCACGUAUUUGUGCCUUCAGUUACAGGCCGCUUACAUUCUGCUUCACAGCUACCACUGGAAGGACGGCCUGCAUCACUUGAGGCAUUUUGAGCGCCUAUCCCUUCCAAAUUCAGUUAGGCUAAUAGUCUAUGAGCUUCUGAUACGCGCCUAUAUAAAAAUCCGAACGUUUAGAGAAGCCGAUCACUGGAUUGAGGCCUGGAGAAACCUUCAAAAAAAAAAAAAUUCAAAGGACAAAGGACUUUACGCGAUACGUCAUCGCCACUUCUUGCACCUUUCCAUCGGACUAUGACUUGGCUUACUACGAGUUCAAGGCGCGCAAUUACUUUCACUGGAAGAAGUUGGACCUGGCCCUCGAGUUUAUAGAUCGAGCUAUUGCGGCUACUCUGCCUACUCGCUACAACUAUCUUGGCAGACAGUAUUGUCUGAAGGGGCGGAUUCUCAAGCAGCUGUUUAAAGAUGCUAAUUAUUCUGGCUGGUCGAGUCACGUGGACAACUCUUUCUUCAAGCACGCUAGUUCCGCGUCUGCUUCGACCUACUCGAACUUUGAAAAGCCGAUCGACUUCUUUUGGGAAUGCCUUGCGACUUAUCGCCAGUCCUACAAGUUUUACAAGCUGGUCGGAGACGAUUGGCGAAUUUCCAGAGUGACUACCGACAUCGCCGAAGUCUACCUGGAGUAUUUGUUUUGGCCCGUUGCGUCCGAGGAAUCGCUGCUGGACGAGCUUCUUGCUGUCUCGUUCGUCAAAAAGCCAUCUACUUCGCUAAAGUCCAAAAACCAGCCAUUUAGAGACGUUAUCGAUACAGCCCAUGGUUCCCCUGGCAAUUCGGAGAUUUCUAAAGAAUUUGAAAAGCCACCUUUUGCCCAGUCGACCGGCAAGCAUGAGAAGUAUGCAACUUACAAUUUAGAAGACGAGUUGGCCCAAAUACCUCCGGAUUUUUCCGCUGCGCCACAGCAUCGAUUUCGCUCUUCUUCUGUGCAAGCCGACUCCUGUAUCUCGCACGAGUGCAUACCCUCGCUCGAGUACCAAGAAAUGCGCAAACACUUGGAGCUGUCGGAACCCAAAGCUCCGAGUUCUUCUCAGCAUUUGGCGCAACAUGCAUACCUGGAGCAAGGGAGUGCGAGCGAACACGCUUUUGACACUCUGUCUGACACGAUUCCUACAGAAGAUCACUCUUCGUCCUCCUUCAUUCAAAUCUCGUCCAUUGAAAACGCGGCCAAGCUCGGCUUAGAGCUGGCCGUGAACUCCGGCGACCUCAUGCUCAUCUUCAACGGAUACUUGAACAUGGCAGAGCUUCGCUUUUUGCAGGGUCGAAUUGCCUCUUCGGUUUCUUUUUGGCAGGAAUUUCGUCUCCAAUUUACCAACUAUUUUUUGGUUUCUUCACGCGUCAUCCUUCGCAAUGCUCCAGCGCAUUUCCUAGAGAAACAGUACCUACUGGUGAAGCGCGCGCUGAGGUUUUUGUUCUUCAUGCCAAGGUCUAUGGUUAAUAAAAACUUGGACUUUAUAGACGUGCUGCUGCUUCUCGAGCGAGAUUUUGAACUUCAGCUGCAACUUUUGACGGACGACCUUUCCGUGGGGGACAGUUCGCCCGACUUGCACGAUGACAACACCUCAAAGCAGCAGCACCAAAGCGAGGAUCUCAGCCAGGAAGAAAGGCGCGAGCACGUUUUGAGCAAAAUUGCCAGCUCCAUCUGGGGACUCUUGUACUACAUGAAGCGACAACAGCAUCGAUAUAGCGAGGGAAAGAUGAUGUUCGAGGAACUGCGCACCAUUUCGACCGACUGCAUUUACAAGCUGCUUUACUUGGCCGAAAUUUCGCGUUCAAGCAAUCCGGAGGCGAUGAUUAACCAAAUCAAGAAUCUGAGCAGCAACCACAGCAAGAGGGCGAGCAGAAUGUUGAUGUUUCCUCCUCCUUCGUCGUCAAUCGAGACCAGCGGCAGUUCGUAUCUGUGGUCAGAACUCGAACCCGACUUCAAGAUCAGAUGCGAACAAUUUUUCCUUUCUGCGGAUCGUCAGUCCGUUCAGACCUACGAAACGCUUAUGGACAGCACGAACAACAAGCUGACCAACUUAGUCUACAUCAUACAGCUGGACAGUCUUAUUUUUCACUACGUACCUCUGACAGGCGACUACCGAAUUCAGCGGAUUGGCUUUGAAAAAAGUCCCGUCCAGCCUCGCCUCGACAACGAUAACGUCAUCCUGCUCAAAAUACACCUACUUGAUCAACAGCAGGAAUUUGUGACUCUGUCUGUUCCCGCCUAUUACACGCUCAACCGCGUACUGGAUUAUUUGCUCGACAUCAAUAACGGAAAUGACGCACUUCCUAUUGAACAAAAGCCGUUAAAGAAAAGGGGGUUCUUGGGUAGCUGGCUGCACGCGUCAUCUCGCAACGCGUCAUCGUCCUCCACUAAGUACUCGAGGAUUACCAAAGUGGACAAAAGUCCCCACUUUUUUUCAAAAUUCUGGCAAUUGCUGUCAUUCCUUAACAACACAGACGAACUGAAAUCGGAUGCAGAUACCCAGAGGACUUUCACCAACUCGGGUCAGACGGCAUCGCACCGACGGUCCUCAACACCGUUCUACAAAAGGCCGGGCUUCCUCGAAAAGCAACCCUCAUCCAUUGGCGCUGCCCUAAAAUCCCUCAUCAUUCUGGCCUCAUUCAAAGCUCGAACGCACCUCGAAUCGGACACUUGGAUACAUCCGCUUUCUAACAAAAUGCACAAGCGCAUUUCAGACUGCUUCACCAAGCACGAGAUUUCUCAUUCUCUCAAGGCGCCUGUCAACCUGUUUCUAUACUUGUCCACACACGUCAUGCUCAGCGGUGGGUGUACCACUCAAGUAAAAUUGACCUGCAUUUCCCGCGAAAUCCUCUCAUUUCUUCACCAGCUUCUCGGCGUCCCCUGCAAAGAAACGCCGAUCGAUACAAUUCUGUGCGAGUUUCAGCAACUUUUCUCCCCGCUCAUUCAAAUUCUACCCGUCAAGCACUCGGAAACGUCGCUCACUCAGAGACUGUUCCAAACCAGCGGACUCGCCUCCCUAAAAGAAAGCGGCUCGUUUUCCGGCCAGCAUACGUCUCCUCCUUCGUCGUCCGCCUCUCCUGAGCGAACAGCUUUCGACGCCAACGAGGACCAAACUUCCUCUGUGCAGUUCCCCGUCAUCCUGGUCUCGACUCGAUACAUGAGCAGUAUACCCUGGGAACUUUUUCUGCCCUGCCAACCCCUCGUUCGGUACUUCCUGUUAAGAGACGCCAUUACCUCCUACAUCAAAAGCGCGCUUCACAAUUCGUUUAGCCCAACCCAACCAAAGGACGAGUGCGCGCCUCAGAAAACCCCCUUCGUCUUCCUCAAUCUUUACAUUUCAAAGCCCUUCCGACACCUUCUAUCUAAAGAAGUGGUUCGAAGAAACAAGCUUAUUCAAAGUCUAGACAAUCAUCUCUGCGCAAGUUUUCAAUGCUGUCGCGUAGACUACUCCAGCAACGACUCGCCCCUGUUCCCGUUUAGCACCCCCAUCGUCUUGGAUCCGAAGAUGAUCACCUCCUACAAACAGAAGUAUAAAUACAUCAAGUUCGUAGACGUUUCAGCUUACUAUCCAUCCAUCCAAUCCAUUUUCAAUUUGUGCGCGCCCUCCAACCACCCAGUGUUCCUCUGCAGCUACUCAGACCUCUUGGAAACAAACUACAGUAUCUAUCAACUGACCAACAACCCCAACAUGCUGUCCACUUUCAUAUUUAUCCCCAACAGCAAAUUCAAGCCCAUCGUGCACAACCUGGUUUCUCUGUACGACCCGGACACCUCAAACUUGAAGUACCCCUCAACCGAUGGCAAUCGUGACUACACAAACUUGACCACACUUCUGAACUCUUUGGCAGUUAAGCACAAAACGCCUAUCGUGUGUGUCAAUCCGUUCGAUAUGUAAACUGCCCUCAUAGCUCUGAUAGUCACCCGUAACACCUUUUUUGGGCGUUCUGUCGAAUUUUGCGCUACACAGAGGGGCGGCUCUCCGGGAACAGGCCAAGCUGCGCAGACGGUUGCCAAGAAAUCGGCUCAGGAGAGUCCUCGUUAUUUGAUACAUCGACCUUGAUAUGCUCAGGUGAAUACGUGCAUUUUCUCUAUGUAUAGUAAUACAUUUAUACACGUGUAUGUGCGCAGUAUUAUAUAACAUGCACGCUUUCUCGUUCCUGCAAAAAAGUUUUUUUCUGUCCAAUUCUAUUCAGUGACUUAAUGUGUUUGUACUUUUCUUUCAUCGCGGACAGCAGGCUGCGGAUGAGGUUUUGAUGAACUUUGACCCCUUUCCCGCUGCCCAUGCUACCGAGUUAGAUCAGUUGGCUGCUUACAACGCCGUCUGCUUUCUGUGCUUUGAUGUCUCGACACAUUAUACUAUCUUCGGCGCCCAAACCGGCAGUCUCUAUGUUUUUCGAAGGACGGUGAACCUCGAUCGGACCGCUCAGUCUGAUUUUUUGCAGCUUUUGUCUUUUGACAAAAUACGCGACCCUAUCGACCGUGUCAGUAUAAGCUCUGACGAAAAGUUUGUGGCCUUUUCUGCCGAGUUUCAAAUUAAUGUCCUACGCCUUCAGUUUCCCGUUCAUCUGCAGCUCAAUGUAUGGGUGUUUCCC